AUGGACGUGGGUUCGCUCGAAGAAUUCAUCGAUGAGAAUCACUGCAUUGUGUCCACUGCAAUGGGACCUGAGUACUAUGUCAACAUUCUUUCUUUUGUGGACAAGGAUCAGCUCGAACCGGGCUCCUCAAUCCUCAUGCACCACAAGAAUUUGAGUGUGAUCGGGCUGCUUGUGGAUGAAGUGAAUCCUCUUGUGAGCGUCAUGAAGGUGGACAAGGCACCAACCGAAUCCUACGGAGACAUUGGAGGACUUGAAGAGCAGAUCAUGGAGAUGAAGGAGGCUGUUGAGCUGCCGCUAACCCAUCCGGAGCUCUAUGAGGACGUUGGCAUCAAGCCUCCCAAGGGAGUCAUUCUAUAUGGCGUGCCUGGAACAGGGAAGACACUCUUGGCCAAGGCGGUUGCCAGUGAAACAUCAGCGACAUUCCUGCGUGUGGUUGGAAGUGAGUUGAUUCAGAAGUAUCUUGGUGAGGGACCCAAGCUGGUGCGCGAGAUGUUUCGGGUGGCUCAAGAGCAUGCUCCAUCCAUCAUCUUCAUUGAUGAGAUUGAUGCUGUGGCCACAAAGAGGUAUGAUACCACCAGCGGUGGUGAGAAAGAGAUUCAGCGCACAAUGUUGGAGCUGCUGAACCAGCUGGAUGGCUUUGAUGACAGAGGAGAUGUCAAGGUCAUCAUGGCCACAAAUCGCAUAGAGUCCCUGGAUCCUGCAAUGAUCCGACCAGGCCGAAUUGAUCGAAAGAUUGAAUUUCCGCUGCCGGAUGAGAAGACCAAGCGGCGAAUCUUCCAGAUCCACACGGGGAAGAUGACCCUGGCUGACGACGUGAACCUGGAAGAGUUCGUUGUGGCCAAGGAGCCAGGUUCCCAAAUGAGCAUCCUGCACUUGCCAGCCCCUGUUUGGCUGGCCAUUUGCAAUCCGCGAUCCGCAGUGGCAGUACAGGAAUUGUCCGGCCGUGUUGAAGAGCGCGGACGUGAUUCUCAACAGCUGAAGGAGGAUGUGGACAGGCACAAGUCUGAAAUGGAAGCGCUCGACAGCCGAGUCAAGACCGAGCUGGAAGCAGCCUGCAAGGAGAUCAAGGAUCGACUUGAUCGCCACGAGAGCGAUGAGGAGGGCGUCGGCGGAUUGGCACAACUUCGGGCCAAGGUGGAUAGCUCGCUUGAGGAGCUCACAAGACAUUCGGCCAAGAUGGAAGAACAUGGGCGGACUACGGGAGCCUGCAAGACCCGCACUGACAGCAUGGACGAGACUGUGCGAGAGCUUGUGAGGAAGUGCGAAGACUAUGCGUCAAGCGUCGAGAAGAGCAAGGUGCGGCUGCAGGACUUAGAGGAACUCGGCACCCAAGUGCGAGAUCGCCAACAGGUGGUGGAGGAUUCCGUUGCGCGCAAGUAUGACUCUUUAUGGAAGGAUGUGCUGCAUGCCAUGGAAGACCUGAAAGCCAGUAUGGAACAGACUCUGCGGGAGGACAUGAAGAAUCGAUCGACGGACACAAGGCGUGAAAGCCAGUCCCAAAUCAAGCAAGUGAUGAGUUUGGUUGCGACCGUGCACCAAGAGCGGCGGAAAUUGGCUGCCAGCAAAGACUUGCUCACAGCUUGGCAACAACAUACCUGGACAAGUGCUCGAAGGAGAACUGGUUUGCAGUGGCUGAGCAAUGCGCUUGCGGGUGUUUCGAAGCGACGCCAGCAUCAGUCCCUUCAUCGAUGGGUCCGACAUACUUCUAUCGAAGUGCUUGCCGAUCAACUCCGAGAGGAUUAUGCAGCUCUGAUCCCUGAUGUGCAGAAGGCCAUCCAGGAUUCCAAGCUACCUGCCAGAUGUGAUGCACUUGAGCAGGGCAUGGACUCCGUGAGGCAAGAAGCAAGUUCCACGAAGAGCUCGCUUUCCGAGCACCAGAAUCAGAUUGACAAGAACACCGCCGCGCUGAAAGCUGCAGAAGCAGGUAUUGCUGAGAAUGGCAAAACAAUUGCGGAGGUCAGGGCAGACCUCAGUGACUUUGAGACAUCGAGCACGGGACACAUCGAUGAGAUGGGUACUCAACUUGAAGACCAUGGACAGAACAUAGACGACAUCAAGGAGGCCCAGAAAAGCUUUGCCUUGACGAAGGAUGUGCAGACAGUCAUGCGGGACACACUGCUGAUCUGGAACUCCGUGAAGCACUUGGACACGGCUAAAGCGGACAAGAAGGACAUGGACUCCUUCGCAGUGGAGACCAGCAACAGGGACAAGCACGCGUCUCGCCGGCUUGAUGACAUGCAGUCAGCUGUCUCAGAGCAGGUCCGGGAGGAAACGCUUCGCCUGCAUGAGAAAUGGGCACAACUUGAUGUUAAGGUUGAUGAGGGAUCCAAACAGUUCCAACAUUGGGAGCAAAUGUGGGAGAAGCUUGUUGGCUAUGUGGAAGAACUAGUCAAGCAUAUUGGGGACAGCCAGAACACGAUGAGGACCGCAAAGGGCUCCAGACCUCCAAGCAAUCGACCCAGGCUUCCACGGCAGACGUCGGAGAGGACUUUGCAAGAAGGAGAGGAAGAAGGGUCUGGUCCUGGCCUGGUUUGGGUAAAUAGUGCUGAAUUUCUGCGGACAUCAGAUGUCGACAUUCCAAGUUUCCGUCAAGUGCGGCUUCUUCGACAAGCUGCGGACCGCGCACGUCCAGAGUCUGCUGGCCCAGCGCGUUCUCCGAAGCUCUCCUGA